AAUCUACAGUCGAUGCUGCGAAAAGAAAAGUUGUGGCAACCGAAAUGAGACUCCUUCAGAUCCUGUCAUCAUCGACAGAUUCUUUUUAAAAUUUUUCCUCAAGUGCAAUCAGAAUUGUUUGAAAACAGCAGGAAACCCAAGGGACAUGAGAAGGUUUCAGGUCGUGUUGUCAACAACGGUGAACGUGGAUGGACACGUGCUGGCCGUUUCCGACAACAUGUUUGUUCACAACAACUCGAAGCAUGGGCGGAGGGCAAGAAGACUGGACCCGUCGGAAGCUACCCCCUGCAUCAAAGCCAUUAGCCCAAGCGAAGGCUGGACCACCGGAGGAGCCAUGGUCAUUAUUAUUGGGGACAACUUCUUCGAUGGCCUCCAAGUGGUGUUUGGGACCAUGCUUGUAUGGAGCGAGCUAAUAACUCCUCAUGCCAUCAGAGUGCAGACGCCCCCUCGGCACAUUCCCGGAGUAGUAGAAGUGACAUUAUCUUACAAAUCCAAACAGUUCUGCAAAGGAGCUCCAGGGAGGUUCAUUUACACAGCAUUAAAUGAACCCACCAUAGACUACGGCUUCCAGAGACUGCAGAAAGUCAUCCCAAGGCAUCCUGGGGAUCCGGAGAGAUUAGCUAAGGAAAUGCUGUUGAAAAGAGCUGCAGAUCUGGUGGAGGCGCUGUAUGGGACACCACACAAUAACCAGGACAUCAUUUUGAAGCGAGCCGCAGACAUCGCUGAAGCCCUCUACAGUGUCCCCAGGAACCCUAGCCAGAUCCCAGCUCUCUCUAGCUCUCCAGCUCACAGUGGCAUGAUGGGCAUCAACUCCUACGGCAGCCAGCUGGGGGUCAGCAUCUCCGAGUCAACACAGGGGAACAAUCAAGGAUACAUCCGCAACACGAGCAGCAUCUCUCCGCGGGGCUACUCCUCCAGCUCCACCCCUCAGCAGUCUAAUUACAGCACCUCCAGUAACAGUAUGAAUGGCUACAGCAACGUCCCCAUGGCCAACCUGGGUGUCCCAGGGUCACCAGGGUUUCUAAACGGCUCCCCCACCGGCUCUCCUUAUGGAAUCAUGUCAUCAAGUCCGACCGUUGGGUCUUCCAGCACGUCCUCCAUCCUCCCGUUUUCCUCUUCGGUUUUUCCUGCCGUCAAACAGAAGAGUGCCUUUGCCCCUGUCAUCAGGCCCCAAGGCUCCCCUUCACCCGCCUGCUCCAGCGGCAACGGAAACGGAUUCAGAGCCAUGACCGGACUUGUGGUGCCCCCGAUGUAAAGAAGAGAAAGAACAGCUCUCUUAAAAAUAGCACAAAACGACUUACUCUGAUGGACCAAUAAUGGAAGCAGCACAAGGAGCUCUUUGGGGAGAGUCGUGUCCCCAAAUGAACAUGAUGGACAGAUUUGGGUUUGCAAGCAGCUGCCUCUUACCUGGUCUCACAUUUCUCAUGUAGCUCCGAUGGCUACACAAACUGACCCUCUCGGGAGCAAGGACAAACGAUGCCAUUGACAUAGUCAGUGCUAAGAGCAGAAAUGCAAUUCUUUGUUAUGAACACUAUGAGAACCACCUUCCUAUGUUUGUAAAAUAUUUAAGAAAAAAAAAUUGGCAAACAAUUCAUGCUUAAUAUUUUGGAUACUAUUUGUUUUUCUUUGUAGGAAAAAAAAAGUUGAAAGUUUCUAUUUUCUAUGAAGCCUUUCAGAUACCAAUUUAGUUUAUGCAGAAAAAAAAAAUUGACCAAACAGGGUACCAGCAUGGAAGACUUUCUUAAAACGAAACCUGAAUUGAAUGAUGAAAUGUUGUUGUAUGUGUGUUUGCUUAUAGUUUAAUCUCUUUAAAAAACACAAAAAAACCACAAAAAACAAAAAAAGGGAAAAAUUUUAAAAUGUUUUACAAUUAUUUAAAUAAAUAAACGUGUAACUUAUUGUAAGUAGAGGUAGAAAUUAAGACCUUUUCGGAGGAGAGAGGCGUUUCUCUUCCUGAUGUAAAAUGAAAGUCAUGCAAACAUGUAGUAACAAGUUUAAAGGUGUGUGAUUAUUACUGCAGUUACUAGACUCUUACCCCCAUCCCACAGCCCCCUUUUUUUCCAUCAUUUUAUUGACCCACAGGCAACAACAUAUACCUUACGUAGGACAACCUGAUGCAGAAACAAAGAUCCAAGUCCAGGCACGUACACGGAUACCGAAUUCCAGCAGUCCAUCUCCAGCUCCGUCUGCUUUCUAGAUAGUCUACGUGUCCCUUUAGGUAUUCACUUUUUGUGAAUAUAUAUAUAUAUAUAUUUUAAUUUAUAUUAGCUUUCAACAUUCUCCCCUGAGCACUGCAGAGAAUUUCCAUGGUUUAGGGUGUCCCUGGCUUUCCAUCCCAGGGAAACAAGGGUCUCACCUUAAAGAGAGCCAAAGCCACAGGACUUUCCCAACCGAAGGGCCCCUUCGGACUUCUCCCUUGUCAGAGCCACAUGCUCCCUCGUCUUUGGUUACCUGACUCAGCACAGAGGAUUGAGGCCCGCAGAACUUCAGAAACAGGAUCUGGAGAAGGUGACUCUGUUUCUUGGACUCUUCAGCGGCAGUCAUAGAAUGUCCACAUCCUUUCUUCUCUCUGCAGAGUUUCCCUCGGCAUUCAACUCGUGUGACAAAAAAAUCUGUAUCCUACUUGACAUCGUUUCCAGGCAAGGAUGUGACGGGGUGUGGAAGAGGCGUGGUAAAAGCCCCAAAUCUCUCUUUUGAUGUUUGAAGAAAUGGAAACCUUGAUGCCUGGGGGGUCAGAAGGCAGGGGCACCCAUUUCCAGGCAGUGCAGGUCCCCAUGCCUGCCCGGGGCCCUUUUGAGCCCUGGGACUGGCUCUUCAGGGGAGAACCUUGGCAGGAACUGCUCACAGGGGCUGUCUUGAGAGCCUGUGCGACCCUGGAGCUGUCCCAGACUUACCUGGAUGUCACUUUUUUCCAGGCUAGGGUUCUCCUCGCUGACUCACUGGCACCACAGCAUAGUCCAUACACAGACUUCAGUUCGGGGUUCUCGGUUGGGGUUCUCAUUAGAAAUUGAUGCAACUCCCCUGGA